AGACAGAAGGAGCCGAAGCCCAUCCUGCCUUCUAUCGAACAUCAGUGAUCGGACACACCAAAAGCAUUAAAGCAAACCGGCAGUCACCCUUCUCCGGCGUUCGGCGACCUCUCCGGCUCUCUCCUACCCUCCGGCGACCUUUCUCCUAUCCUCAUCUCGAAACAAUAAAAGAUAUACAAAGAAGACUGAGAUGGAUGAAGAAGUGUUGGAUAAAGCUGUAUAUUUGUAUUUAAAGAAAAAGGGAUUCACCCAAACUGAACAGAUUUUUCAACAAGAACAGCAGAACAAGAACAAGAACUCCAGCUCAUCUGUUACUGCUACCGAUGUUUCCCUUUCAGACCCAGAUCUUGCUAAACAAAUCCUUGUGUUUUCCCAGUCAGAAAGUAUCCCAACACUAUACCAUGAUGGAUACAGCAAGUUGAGGUCAUGGACUUAUAGCUCACUAGAUUUAUAUAAGCAUGAAUUGCUUCGUGUUCUCUACCCAGUAUUUAUCCACUGUUUCAUGGAUCUCAUAGCAAAAGGCCAUCUUCAAGAAGCUCGAGCAUUCUUCAAUACCUUUCGUGAAGAUCAUGAGAUGAUGCAUUCACGUGAUCUCACAAAAUUAGAAGGUGUUCUUUCCCCAUCUCAUUUAGAGGAAAUGGAGUUUGCUCACACUCUAAGGCAGAGCAAAGUGAAUAUAAAGAUAUGCCAGUAUUCUUAUGAUCUUCUUCUGCAAUAUCUACACAAGACACAAUCCAUUACAAUGCUUGGUAUUAUCAAUGAGCAUAUUGACUUCCAAGUUUCUCCUGGACAACCUAGCUCAAUUUCUGAUGAUGCUGAAGCCUUUUCACUUGUUGGAAGUGGACAAGAUGCUGCUAAUUUAAUAAAUCAGAAAGAAAUACAUUGGGGGGUUAGUAAAUUGCUUGAAGAUUGUUUAGAAGAUCGGCUUGAUAAAGCAGGUGGGUUGCUCUCAGAUUCAGAAAAGACAGAAGGAGAAGGCAAAGAAGGAGAGUUAGAUGAGAAUAAGAAAAAAUCAGCAGAUGGUGGAAAGCAAGGUGGGCCCCUCAAGAAGCUAAAGAAGGACAAGGUUGUUGGUGGGGCAGGGAAAGCUGCCCGAGGGGAGGGUGACAAGUCAACUGCUGCCCCACGAGUCAAACCCGAGCUUACUUUGCCAACAAUAUCAACAGAUGUAGAACAUUCUAUUCUUGAAGACCUUAGAAACCGUGUACAAUUAAACAAUUCCACACUUCCUUCAGUUAGUUUCUACACAUUCAUUAAUACACAUAACGGAUUAAAUUGUUCAUCAAUAUCCCAUGAUGGAUCAUUAGUAGCUGGAGGAUUCUCAGAUUCAUCACUCAAGGUGUGGGACAUGGCAAAACUUGGGCGUAUGGGGAGUUCUGGUGAAAAUGAUUCGGAUGGAUCAAAUGGUGGAAAAAGGUCUUACACUUUGUAUCAGGGGCAUUCUGGUCCGGUUUAUUCAGCUUCAUUUAGUCCUUUUGGGGAUUUUCUUUUAUCAUCAUCGUCAGAUUCAACAAUUCGAUUAUGGAGCACAAAGUUGAAUGCAAAUGUUGUGUGCUACAAGGGUCAUAAUUACCCUGUAUGGGAUGUUCAGGUAGAAUUUGAAUGGAAUAAUAUUAAAUUAAAUUUAUGUGGUAAUUAUUUUACUCAAUUAUUGUAUAUGCAGUUUAGUCCACUUGGACACUAUUUUGCAAGUGCAUCUCAUGAUAGAACAGCUAGGAUUUGGUCAAUGGAUAGAAUUCAGCCUCUAAGAAUACUUGCAGGACACUUAUCUGAUGUUGAUUGUGUAGAAUGGCAUAUGAACUGCAAUUAUGUUGCAACGGGAUCAAGUGACAAAACAGUUCGUUUAUGGGAUGUACAAAGUGGUGAAUGCAUACGGAUUUUCAUUGGUCAUAGGAGUAUGAUAUUAUCAUUAGCCAUGUCACCUGAUGGUAGAUACAUGGCAUCUGGUGAUGAAGAUGGAAGUAUAAUGAUGUGGGAUGUUUCCAAUGGUCGAUGUGUCACUCCUCUUGUGGGCCAUACUUCAUGUGUCUGGUCUCUUGCUUUCAGUUGUGAGGGAUCCCUUCUUGCAUCUGGUUCCGCUGAUUCAACUGUUAAAUUAUGGGACGUUAACACAAGUGCAAAAACGCCGAAAAAUGAAGACAAUAAAAGUGGAAAUACAAAUAGACUGAGAUCACUCAAGACUCUACCUACCAAAUCCACCCCUGUUUAUGCUUUACGGUUUUCGCGAAGGAAUCUUCUUUUUGCUGCUGGGGCUCUUUCUACAAAUGUGUAAAAUCGGCAUAUGUAGUUGUGUUCUUUCUACAAAUGUGUAAAAGGACGGGGUGGGGCAUGUUUUUUUGUUGCUUUUAUGUAGUUGUGUUCACUUAUUUUUAUCUUGUAGUUUAUUUAGUUGAAUCAUUUGAAUAUCUAGUGAAGCAAAUGCAGUUAAUUUUGUUUUUGUUUUUA